ACGCAGAAAUCAUGUGAGCAGGCAAAUACUACUUCACUGCCCUACGAGGAACUACCUGAAUGAACACAUUUACCCCAUCAGCAUACAAGCGGCGUUUAAAGUUCUCUUAUUGAUCCGUUUUAAAGUUAGCGCGUAACCAGAUGUGCUGAGCGCGCCUUCUUCAUCCAGCUGUUUGACGCAGUAACCAAACCAAAACACUUCUGAGCAUCAGAUCUCAUUGUAGUAAUGUUUCCUGGAAAUCGGCUUUAAAGAUUUGAUCUACUUCAGCUGACCACCUUUAGAAGAAGUCUGUUCUAUCUUGCAGAACAUUUAAUAUUGUCAUUACUGCUAUAUGAAGAGGCUGAAACAGACAUCUUUCUGCACUCUACACUGCGGUUUAUUCCCACUGACGCUUUCGGUUUAAGGGUUUCCUUCUUGGAUAACUGUUGGAAAAUGAAUACGGAGAAAGAUUUUUCCCCUUUGACCCCGAACAUUGUGAGAGCUCUGAACGACAAGCUGUAUGAGAAAAGGAAAGUGGCCGCACUGGAGAUUGAAAAGCUCGUGAGGGAGUUUGUGGCUCAAAACAACUCGACUCAGAUCAGACACGUCAUUCAGAUCCUGGCUUCUGAGUUUGCGCUCUCGCAGCACCCACACAGCCGGAAAGGAGGUCUGAUUGGCCUGGCUGCCUGCUCCAUCGCUCUCGGCAAAGAUUCCGGCUUGUACCUGAAGGAGCUAAUCGAGCCGGUGCUAACGUGCUUCAACGACUCGGACAGCCGCCUGCGAUAUUACGCCUGCGAAGCUCUCUACAACAUCGUGAAGGUGGCCAGAGGCGCCGUGCUUCCUCACUUUAACGUGUUGUUUGAUGGCCUCAGUAAGCUGGCAGCAGAUCCAGACCCCAACGUGAAGAGUGGAUCUGAGCUGCUUGAUCGGCUUCUGAAGGACAUUGUAACAGAAAGCAACAAGUUUGACCUGGUGGCAUUUGUUCCUCUGUUACGUGAGAGGAUUUACUCCAACAACCAGUAUGCUCGGCAGUUCAUCAUCUCAUGGAUCAUGGUGCUGGAAUCAGUUCCAGACAUCAACCUGCUGGUUUACCUUCCUGAAAUUCUAGACGGCCUCUUUCAGAUCCUCGGAGACAGCAGCAAAGAGAUCAAGCGCAUGUGUGAAGUGGUUUUGGGAGAAUUUCUCAAAGAAAUAAAGAAAACUCCUUCCAGUGUGAAGUUUGCUGAUAUGGCUAACAUCCUGGUCAUCCACUGUCAAGUUUCUGAUGACUCCAAAAUGACUAACGAUCUUAUCCAGCUGACUGCUAUGACCUGGAUGAGGGAGUUUAUUCAGCUGGCAGGACGAGUGGUCCUGCCUUAUUCCUCAGGCAUUCUAACAGCAGUGCUGCCCUGUUUAUCUUACGAUGACCGCAAGAAGAACACUAAAGAGGUAGCGAGCGCCUGCAACAACAGCCUGAUGAAGCUUGUGACCCCUGAGGAUGAUGAAGAUGAUGAAUUACAGACCAUGAGCUCUCCUGUGAGCACAGACACAGGCAGUAAAACUGAGGUGGAUCUUAACGAUUCAUUAAACGCCUCUCAGGAGUCCGUGGGAUUAAGCAACAUCUCCUUCUUCACACCAACAGGAAAUGACAGGCCACACGUGACGCUGGAUCUCGACAGCAUUGUGCAGGUCUUGGACAGACAUUUACAUGACUCUUCCACUGGUAUGAUGACACGCAUUGCUGUGCUAAAGUGGCUCUACCAUCUCUACAUCAAAACACCUCGCAAAAUGUUUCGUCAUACAGACAGUCUGCUCCCCAUGCUGUUGAAGACUCUUUCUGAUGAAUCUGAUGAGGUCAUCCUGAAAGACCUGGAGGUUCUGGCAGAGAUCGCAUCCUCCCGUGCUGGACAGACAGAUUUAUCAGAGUCGUGUGAUGGAGCAAAUAAAACCCAACUUCACAUUCCAGAGGGAGGAAAACAAGCACAGAAACAGCUGGGGGCAGGCUCUAAAGUGUUGGACUCUUCACCCUCAACCCCCAGCAUGAACUCCUACUUCUACAAGUUCAUGAUCAACCUUUUAAAGCGCUUCAGUCUGGAAAGGAAGCUUCUGGAAACAAGAGGAGCCUUCAUCAUUAGACAGCUGUGUCUCCUCCUGCACGCAGAGAACAUCUUCCACUCCAUGGCUGACAUCCUGCUAAAGGAGGACGACUUGAAGUUUGCUUCCACUAUGGUACAGACUCUCAACACUAUUCUGCUCACCUCAGCAGAACUCUUCCAGCUCCGGAACCAGCUCAAAGACCUGCGCACGCCUGAGAGCUGUGCUUUAUUCUGCUGUCUCUACCGUUCCUGGUGCCACAAUCCAGUAGCCACGGUCUCGCUAUGCUUCCUGACACAGAACUACCACCAUGCAUACGACCUCAUCCAAAAGUUCGGUGACCUGGAGGUGACUGUGGAUUUCCUGAUCGAAGUAGACAAACUGGUGCAGCUCAUCGAAAGCCCCAUUUUUACAUACCUGCGCCUGCAGUUGCUGGACGUGGAGAACAACCCGUACCUGAUUAAAGCUCUGUACGGCCUGCUGAUGCUGCUGCCUCAGAGCCAGGCCUUCCACCUUCUGUCUCAACGCCUUCGCUGUGUCCCAAAUCCAGAGCUCAUGAGGACUGUGGACGAGUCAAAGCCAGCCAGCUCCAAACGCCUCGCCCAGCCGCAGGUCGACUACAAAGAGCUGCUUCAGCACUUCGAGCACGUGCAGAGUAAACAUCGCGAGGUGCGGCACCAGAGAUCAGGCCACGCCGAGCACCCGGAUCGGAAGCUGGUGCUCUGAGCAGUUACCGUUUCACACCGGAGAAGACAUGGCACAACACAUGGACCACUAAGAGAGUCUGCUUAGUCCUGCUCUAGGAAUAAAGGACUUCAGUUUAUCUGCUUUUAAAUGUUUAAAGUGCUUUAUUAUUGAGUGACUGAGAAUCGGAACGGAUAUAAGAGACUCAGGAAACUGCAGUCAUGUUUGUUUUGACCUUUUAAGCCAGUGGUUAUAUCAUCUAUAGCGUUCUACAGUGAUUUUAGCAUAGUAGCGUUUAACAACAUCGCUAUCCAGUAUAGACAGAAUAUUACGUGCAUUCCCCACCCAAGGGUCUUAUCAGGCAUCAAUAUUACAGUAGAAAUAAACCCCUUAUCGUUUUAAUGAAGCUGUGUGUGUGUUACAGUAACUUGCAUUCCGUGUACACAACAGAGCACGUGUCUUGCGUAGUGCCACAUGUGCGUUUCACGUUCAUGGGACACUGAACUCAAGAGCAAAUAAAUACCACAGGUUUCGAUGUUCAGUCCAGUUCAGUUUCUGUGCUUUGCUUUUAUUCUUCUGUGUAAUACUCAUUUUAUGACACAAUCAGUGAUCUGAUGAUCUGAUUCAUGCAUGCUGUGAUGUCUCAUUUCAGUUAGAACACAACUCGGAACCUUGGCCUUAUGUGGGUGAAUUUUAGUAAUUUAUCACGUUCUGAAAAGAUGUAUGCAAUAAAGUGGACCAUGUAUAAUCA